GCUCUGAAGCGGACACCUGACGGAGACCUGCGCCUUUAAGACCUCAUGCGGGCUCCGUCUCACCGGCCCCACGGCAGCCUCUCGGCGGGUGCGCGCUCCUAAAGUUUGACUGGGGAAUAUAGUGGCACCGGCGGCCACGCACACAAACACGCACACACCUCACGGUAACAAAAAGGAAAAAGAGGCUGCAGCCCGCCCGCGUGGGAGCGUCCCACUCCUGCCAUAAGGACAAAGGAGACGAGUGAGCGGAUUUAGUGUGUGUAAAUGCACGGAGAAGAACGAGCUUACCCCUGAAGGAGGCUGCAGCCUCCUCUUCUCCUUCUCCUCAGCCAUGCCGCUUAUGUUUCGCUCGCUGUUGUUCGGCGUUGUGACGCUGCUGGUUGUCUUUCUGAUCGUUGAUGAUAUCGCACAAGUGGAAGAAGAAACUGCAGACACUGGGCAGUCAAGGAUGGUGGAAUCACAGAGGCUUAUUCCUAAACGGCACAGGAUGGCAGCAAAUGUGGGUCCAACUACUUUGACCGUACUGAAUAAAUAUAUAAACAGUGAUCUUCCCACCUCCAAUACCACAGCCAAACUACGGUCAUAUAAAUGGGCCUUUAACAAAACACUCUCCAGCCUCAUCAGGAAAAAUGUCCUGAGAUUCCUUGAUCCGGAGCGAGACAUCUCUAUUUUGAAAGGCACACUGAAACCAGGAGAUAUCAUCCACUAUGUUUUUGACCGGCACAGCACCACAAACAUCUCAGAGAAUCUGUACCGCCUUUUGCCAACUGUUUCACCGAUGAAGAACCAACACCACGCACGAUGUGCCAUUGUAGGAAACUCUGGGAUUCUGAUGAACAGCAACUGUGGGCCAGAGAUCGACUCUCAUGACUUUGUAAUCAGGUGUAACCUGGCACCAGUGGAGGAGUACUCUCAGGAUGUGGGUUCACUGACUAACUUGGUGACCAUGAAUCCAUCAGUGGUGCAGCGAGCCUUUCAGGACCUGGUUAAUGAAGAGUGGAGGGAGCGUUUCGUGAAGCGGCUACAGAACCUCAAUGGCAGCGUGCUGUGGAUACCGGCGUUCAUGGCUAAAGGCGGAGAGGAGCGCGUGGAGUGGGCCCUUCAUCUCAUUCUGCGUCACACUGUACAUGUACGAACUGCCUUUCCAUCGCUGCGCCUUCUCCAUGCUGUCAGAGGGUACUGGCUGACCAAUAACGUCCACAUUAAGCGUCCGACCACUGGGCUCCUCAUGUACACUAUGGCCACUCGAUUCUGUGAAGAGAUUCAUCUGUACGGCUUCUGGCCUUUUCCUCUUGACCCACAGGGAAAACCUGUCAAGUACCACUAUUACGAUACUCUAAAAUACGAGUACACCUCCCGCUCCAGUCCUCACACCAUGCCUUUAGAGUUUAGGACUCUCAGCACAUUGCACAGACAGGGGGCGCUGCGGCUCCACACUGGAACCUGUGAUGCCAAGAAGCAAUCACAGAAAGUAAACAGCUGAAUGAAAGAUGUCAGUAAAAAACACAAACUUCUUACUUCACUGC